GCCUCCAUUUUCCAUCUUCUACUCGAACGAGCACCUUGUCCACUCUCAACUCUCAGCCAGAAAUAUUCCUUUUUGGAAAUUUCAAGCUUUUAUUUUAUUCCCAAUAGUUUUUUUUAUCUACCAAACACGUUAGUUGCCUAAGAAUGAGUGGAGAAAACAAGAAAGUUGAAAGGGGGGCUGGGGAGGGCUACUUCCAGUCGGCAGAUAUUCGUUAUAGGUCGCAGCCUAGUGGGGCGGCUCAAACUGCGCCAAAGAAGAAGCCUCUGACGUUGAAGGAAGAGCUGGCUGAGGCUCAGAAAGCUUCAAAUAAGACGUAUGACAAGCCCAUUACGAAUGAUCAACUGUUAAGUAUGGUGACGGGAAUCUCGUCGAAGUUGAGCAUCUUGUCCAAGACAGCACAACAAGAGUGGAAGGACAGUAUGGAUGGAAACGUAAGGGCUGCAAGUUUGGACUUGAGAAGAUCACAGGAUAGAAUGAAGGCCGCCACUAAUUCGCUGCUUGCCAAUUUGACUGGAUUUGGUAGGAAGAUUUCCCAAAGAAGUCGGGAACUGGCCAACGUGAAUGUGGCUCCCGUCCCAGUCAAGCAUAACGUAAGCAAGCUCUAUGAACUCUCCAUUGUUGCAGUAAUGCGACAGAAGGAAGAAGAAAGAAAACAGUUGGAAGAAGCUAAAAAUAAGAAAGAAUCUCAAGCUGUACAGGAAGCAAAAAAGCCUCAACAGAAGGAGGAAGAAGCAAUUGAGAAAGGUGAAUACGAUAAGCCGACACAGGAAGCAACCAUGAUGAUGAAAACAGAAGAAGUGGGGAACCUAAUGAAAGAAGCGGUGGGUAAAGUGGUGGAAGAAGAAGCGGCAGCUGAAGGAGUGGAAAAGGAAGCGGUAGCUGAAGGAGUGGAAAAGGAAGCGGUAGCUGAAGUAAUAGAAAAACAAGCGGCAGCUGAAGGAGUGGAAAAGGAAGCGGUAGCUGAAGUAAUAGAAAAACAAGCGGCAGCUGAAGGAGUGGAAAAGGAAGCGGUAGCUGAAGUAAUAGAAAAAGUAAUGGAAGAAGCCGCGGUGAAAGUUGAAGAAGAAGGGGAGGCAAAAGUAGAGGAAGGAGUUGUAGCGAAGUAAGAUAAGAAGCUUGGCCGACGACAAGUUAAUAUUUUAUAAUGAACUUUAUCAUUCUACGGAUAAUAAUAAUAAUGAAUUAAAAACUGAACUUUGUAAAAUAAAAAAAAUCAAAACCGAAA